CAAAAUACCGAACGGCGAACGAAGUAUUUAUUUACUGCGGCCGCUUAUUGGUCGCGUUCGAACUUGGCGGAAAAAGCGGGCCAAUGCGCGACGCGUCGCCCAAAUUUCUACACUUCUUUUUCGGACCAAUUAAAUUUCGGCUACGGAUCGCGCACAGAUUAUUAUGAACUUGUGGCCGCGUCGGGAGAGAAACGGGCGGGAAAUUUGCGUACGAAACGGAAAGGUAAUUUUUCCGUUGGGAUUUAAACCACGUGUUAAAAAAAUGUGGAUACUGAACUUGUUAUCGUCGAAUAAAUGACGCGAAUUGAGUUUUCGUGGCAUAAAAAUGCAUUGAUCACAGAAUAAAAAAAAACGAUCGUUUAUCUGUGCAACCGACCAAAUAGUAACCGUCUCUUGCCCCAGUGAGUUAUUUAAAAUGCGAAACAUAAAAUGCGGGUUUUCUGGCUUAGCGUUUAGAUGAAACUACAACAAAAUGUCGGAAGAAUUGAACGGAGUGGCAGUAGUCAUAAUAAUCGGUUUGGGAGCGUUGACUGUCAUCCUGCUGUUUAUUUUCGCCAAGCGCCAGAUUAUGAGGUUCACCCUGAGGUCGAGGCGCGGGCCCCACGUCCCGAUCGGCCACGACGGCCCGAAAUUACUAAAACGGGAGAUCGAGAAGAGAUUGGACAUCAUCCCGCGGAUACUGUGCGAGCCGAAACUUAUCGCCAAAGCGGACCCUCGAUACAUUCUGUUCCCCGGGCAACAGAUACCCAUACAUUACUAUAGGAUGAAGGCGGUGGACGACGUGAAAGUUUUGGAAGGCGAGAUCACGAAGCAAGACUCGUGUUUGGUCCGCCAUCCCAGCGAAAACCUACGGGCUUACCUGUUGACGACUUUAGCGGCUCCGUUGGAUGGUACCGGACAGCGACUCAUUCACCAGUUUUGCGAUUUGUAUGAGCACGCGAGGCACGAUCCGAGCCACUUCGGAGACGAAGAAUACCAGCAGUAUAAUCGGCUGUUGUUGAAACUGGUGGACGCCGCCAAAUUGCUAAAGUCGUACAACAGCCGAAAGUCGUCGCCCAAUCGGACCCCGCAGAAGAGGCAGUUGCAGGACAAGGAGAAAAAUUUAAAUUUGAGUUACAAUGUCGAUGAGGUUUUGACCGUGCCCGAUUCGAGGCCCACGACUAUAUCGGUGCCCCUUUCUUCAGAUACUGAAACUUCGGUUUGA